AGUCUUUGGCAAAACGAUUCUUCAAUGCGAAACUUAUUGCAUGGAUGACAACUUGUUAGAUCGCGUGUAUGAUGGUUACGUACUUCCGACGAAUAUACUUCAUACCCCUCUGAACUUUUGCUUUUAGUUAAAACUGACACAAUGGAUACCUUUUGUAUUCUGAACAUUUAUAUGUUAUUGAUGUGCCGGUGUUAAAUGUUUCCUUGCGACAAGCGCAAACAUGCUGAUCUCGUUAGUGUGGACAAAGUGUCUACAGACGAAUUGACAAAUCGCAAUUUUUGAGCCUAAAAAUGAUACAAUAAUUCGCAUUUUACCAUUGUUUUGUAAUUCAAUAUAAAUUCGCAUUUUACGAAUUCGUAAAAAUAACGGCGAAUUGAAGUGAGAACUAUGCGAAUCGAUACGAAGAGACGACGUCGGAUAUGCUUUGGCAUCUACGAAUUCGUAAAGAGAAUUGGUAAAUUCGCAUUUUAUAACACAAAUGGGUGAUCACGGAGAACAAAAGAAAAAACCAUCUUCCACCUAGAUAUAACCACAAAGAGUCGGUGAAGGAUACAGGCCCAGUUUUCGUUUCUCAGCUUUUAAAUUACACAAUCGCUGUAUAGAAGAUAUGUAGUAUAUAACCUACAUACACUCUCUCAUUGCAGAAGAAAGAAGACGAUAUGAUGUACAUGUUUCCUUUUCUGCGAUUAAUAAUAAAUAAUACGAUGGUUGACGUUUUCGACGAGAAAUAUGAAAUAAAAAUGAAAUACAUUUGAUAACGAUAAGAAGGUAGAAUAAAUGAUUUUAUGCACAAAGGUGUAAAAAAAGCUGUAGUAAAUUUUUAUUGUAAAACAGAUGUAGAAACAUUUGUAUAAAUAUGCGCGUUAUAAUAUAAAAAUUGAAAACAAAAAUCACAUAUCGAAUGAUUAGCGAAAAUUUUGACCAUUGUUCAUUGCACAUACUGCCAUCGGUCAAUCUAAAUCCGACACAGCGGAAGAUAAGUUUUGUUUAAAUUUUAUGUACACGUCCUUGCCCACUUUAAUUUGCAUUUAUCUUCAUGAGAAACAUGUGCAAAAUUUAAAUCAAAACACUGCUAUUUGAAUGGGUAGCACUAUUUAACAAAACUCAGUGAACUGCUUUCUUUUUCUAUUUCUCAUCUAUGCGGCGAUUGUGUAAUUUAAAAACUGAGAAAUGAAAACUGUGAUUCCUCUUGCUUUUCAUCUACAGAGCAGUCGCAUUCCAAAACUGUCUUCGUCAUAACUACUCUUUCAUCAUAGUUAAUACCCUAAUAUUUUCUUUGAAAUAACAUGAGCUUAUUUGAUGAAAUUGAAUUUGUGUAUCGCAUGUUUCACAGUGGCACUUUUCUUGAACCACUCAAGAAAAUAAUUAGGUAUUAGAAAAUGAGUACGGUUUGGAUAAAUUUGGUAAAUUGAAAUUAGACAACAUUUAUAAAGUUGAUGACAAAAUCACGACAAUUCAUAGUAAAUUAGCAGAAAAUAAAGUGCUACUGGAUGCAAUGUGUAAAUAUAAGAAGCAGAUUGAAGACACUUUAAAUCUAAAAGCAGAAUUAGAUGAAAAAAUAGCACAGAUUAAUCGUGAAUUAGAACAAUUUAAAAAUUCAUACGGUCAACAAUCAUCCACAGUUGAUAAUCCAAUAGAUGUAAAUCUUAAAUUAUCUCAGUGUAACAAAGAAAUACGUGAAUGUAAAGCAGAUAUGGAUAAAAGGAUGAAUCAUUUGGAACAAUAUGAUCGCAGGACAAAUCAUUUUCGGAAUUGA